UGGUGUGUGUGGUGAGAGUGUUGGAAUGGCUUUGAGAAGAAGAAUAACCUAAACGGAGAGAUUCCAAUAAUCCACCAUAACCAUACCUUCCUUCGCCGUCUCCUGCUUUAUUCGACAAAAUGCAAUCCUGUUCUGUCUCUGUUCACGCUUCCAGGUAUUCUUCACUUUUUUUUUUAACCUUUUUCUGUACUCCAAAUUGAGCUGUUUUUGUGUUGGUUUUUUUCUAAUUAGUGAAACUGUUCCACUGGCACUUUGUUCACAUUCAAAUUCUUGGGGUUUUGUUCAAUUGAGGGAUAGUGGGAUAACCAUAUUUUGAACCUUAAACCCUUAAUAUUGUUUAUGCUGCUCAAUGGUAAAACAGAACAAAAAAUAGCUAGAAUUGUAGAGGUCAUUGUUGUUUGUUUCAAAAACUGCUGGAAAUUGGAUGAAAAAAAAGCUGAUAUAUUUGUGGUGAGUGACAGUGACUGAUUUUGCCAAAUAGCCCUUAGUGAGGAUAGCACGGUCUUCUAACCUGGUAUAUGUGUUUUACUGGUUAUUUGUUACUAUCGUCUUAAUAAGGAAUAAUCAUUCUCUUAGAUUAUUUGCUACCGAUAAAAGUACUGCAUUUAUAUUUUAUUUUUGUUUUUGUUUAACUUUAAUGUAUAAAACAUUUGUUUAACUUAAUUAAUAAAUAAAAACAUUGCCUAUUUGUUAUCAUCAUUAUAUGUGUUGUGAAAACAAGGAAGGAAUUUGAAUGGAUAUUCUAUGGAACGCUUGUUGGAAUGCCUCAGACGACGACGAAGAAGAACAACCCAAACAACAGAUAUUGUCGUUCUCUUCUACUGCCCCGUUCAGUGGAGCAGAAAUCAGAAGAAAGCAUGCUUGGUAAACUUCCACAAGGGCACUUUCUUCUUUCUUAUAGACAUGACCACACAUCUAGGAUUAUCUAUUAUGUUGGAAAGGGAUUGCAGACUCAGGUUUUCAGGCAAUUGGUUGAGCUAGACAAUUCAAAACUCUUCCUUUAGGGAUGGGCAGAGGGUCAUAUUAAACUAAUGGAUGCUUGGAAAACAAAUGGAUUAUUAUAAUCGAGAUUUAGAUGUGAUGCUGGAUGUUGAGUUCAAAAUGAAUGGGAACUAAUGCAUUUCUUCUAGUGAUGAAUCUCUGGUAUAUCAAGGGAGGUACCAUUGCCUGAUCAGUAAAUGGAGCUCUCCACGUCUCACCCUCCAUUCCUUCCCACCUCAUAGAGGCUGAGGAUGAAGAAUAACACUUAUUUUAGGGAUAACUCUAACAGGGAAUCUAUGAUGGUGGCUCACUCUAACCAUUUCAUUCGAGGAAACUAUUUGGGUGAUCAACACUUUCACUCUAACAUUAACAAUGGUGAUGGUGUUCAUGCUUUGGAUUGGUAUCACUCUCUUCCAAUGUCAUAUGCAGAAGCUCCAACUGCCGGUGCUAAUGUAAGGAGAAGAUAUAAUGAUAGAGCUGGAAGGAGAAGGUGCCACAGAUUUCUCCAUAGGCCAUACCGUCAUGUAGAAGCUUCAACUGCCAGUGCUAAUGUAAGGAGAAGAUAUAAUGAUAGAGCUGGAAGGAGAAGGUGCCACAGAUUUCAACAUAGGCCAUACCGUCAUGUAGAAGCUCCAACUGCCAGUGCUAAUGUAAGGAGAAGAUAUAAUGAUAGAGCUGGAAGGAGAAGGUGCCACCGAUUUCAACAUAGGCCAUACCGUCAUGCACAACCUGUGCAAGAGAUCCGAUGUCAGUUUAACUUUCAUUCCCAACUAAAUAGAGUUCCAACAUCAACAAAUCAUUCAAGUUCUUCAAUGCCCAUACAAAAUGCACCUCGUAGAGACAACAUGCAUAACCAUCAUCCUCCUGCACAUCGUGAAUUUCCUUCAUAUAUGCUCAUGGACACUGAUGUACAGGAAUUUCCUUCGUAUAUGAUCAUGGACACUGAUGACAUGUCAUAUGAGACAUUUUCUAAUGUUCAGGAACCUUCUUCAUUAGGUGACCCUCACAAUGAUAUACGCUUGGACAUUGAUGACAUGUCAUAUGAGGAGCUUCUUGAGUUAGGUGAAAGGAUCAAUGACAACUCGGAAAGGGGUUUGUCUGAAGACAUUAUUGUAAGACAAAUGCAGACAAAAAGUUGUCUACUACCUGAGAACUUCAAGGAUCAGGAAAUUGAUAUUUGCAUCAUAUGUCAGGAUGAAUACAAAAAUAAAGAAGAGAUUGGAAUUCUUCAAUGCGGACAUGAAUACCAUGCAGAUUGUAUAAAGAGAUGGUUACAUAAGAAAAAUGUCUGUCCCAUGUGCAAAUCAAAAGCAUUGACCAUAUAUAGAAGCGAAAAUUAGAAACACAUAAUUCAUUGUUCCAGCCAAUUCAUAUUUUGUUGUCUAUGAAGUAGUACAUAUCGCUAGCAUUUAUGUAAUACUGAACAAAGUGGUUGUUUACAAUUUUCAUGAAGUAGUAGAUGUCGUUACAUUGCUGAAUUUAGCAGUAGAACAAUUAUAUAGUUGUUUACAUGUUAACUUUGGAAAAUUACAUUAUUAAUAUAUCUUCUUAUUUUUCA